AUGGCUGAAGACAAUGGUUCUCAGCCGCUCCCUGAGCCGCAGCUCACGCCUGUCGGGGAGAAGUCCUUACCCGCAAGAUGUAAGGCGAGCACGCUGACUUACUGUCCCACCAUGGAUCUCAUCGCGCUGGCUACUGAGGACGAUGAACUACGCGUCUUCCGUCUGAACGGUCAAAAGGUUCUUGGCGGCUCUUUCAAGGGCGAUCCGUAUCUGGAUGAGGAUGACGGUGGUGGCGAGAUUCGAGAGCUGAGAUGGAAGAAUACUGGUCAUUUGCUUGCGGUGGCUUGUGCCGACAACACCAUCCGCGUCAUCAGCGCUUACAGUGGUAAAACGGUCCACCAUUAUCCUGCUUAUCGGUCCGAGGGUGAAGCACCCUAUCCUGUCAAGGUGACCUGCUUAGGGUGGGGAGUAAAUUUCACCGACAGCAAAGCCGCCCAGCGGCAUUUGCACGAGGCUGCUGGACAAGUCAGCGUCGAUGACUUAUUGUCUCCGGACAAUCAUCCGUCCAAGGCAGCAGCAUUGCUCAAGGCCGAUCUACCGAGAGAGCUAGCACUACUCGACGUCGAGCCUUCACUACCCAAGCUGAGCACAUUACCAGCAACAGGGAGCGAUGAUGACGUGUUCAGCUCUCGAGCAUCUAUCGAUGCCAUAUUCCAUCCUAUCUCGAAAGUUACCAGUGACGCGGUGGACGUGUUGCUGGUAGGCUUUGACGAUGGGACUGUUCACCUUCGCAUCUUUGACUGCUUCGAGAUUGGCUCUCUCCAGAUUGGAGGCACUGUUGGAAAUUCUGGUCCUUGCCAGAUCCUUCGACAUGCCUCACAUCCGCUCAGCUCGACUCACGCAUUAUUGGCGCUGGCGCCGGAGGCCCCCUCGGGUACUUUAAACCUCUUUACCCUUGAUCUUCGCUUCAUCACCAGAUCAGGAAGAUACCUUUCUCUCCUUGCACAUAAGACAACUCAACUCCAGAACCUGCUACGGUACAUAAAUCAGGUGCAGAGGCAGAUUGAGCUUGAAUGGAAGAAUGCUCAAGAAUUACCGGCACGGUACAUGCGCAGUAUCAAUGAGGAUCUCCAAGAGAAAUGCCACUGUGAUUUUGUUACUGCUGCGUAUCAUCUGGUGGUUACUGGGGACUGUUUCGAACCAUUGAGGGAGUUUCUGGUGGAUAUUGUCGGCGAAAGGGGACAUAAGAGAUGGGAAAAAGCUGUUUCUAGUGGUUACGAAAAUGUCCGACGGCUAACCCACGAGUGCCUUCUUCCGGCUUUGGAAAGAUGUGAAGUAUUACUGAGCCGGUUGAUUGGGCUAUCAAAGUUUUAUAAACUGAGUGAAGUUCUCGGCCUGGAAACGUCAGAUUUGACAGCCAUCGUGGAGACCCUUGAUUGUCUUCACCUUCUUGCUCACCACAUACUUAUUAACGCCAAUGAGGAACUGGCUCAAUUCAAUUCCUUUUCCAGAUGGCUUCGCCACGAGAUAGAUAUGCAAACCGCGGAACCAAUGUCCCAAACUCUGGACGAACUGAUGGAGAAGACCGAUAUGGUUGAGUACCCGCACACUCUGAAGUACAUUAGAGGCGCUCUCACCAAGAGCAAGUUGCGGAAUUUCAUCCAGCAACUGCCCAUGAUGGGAAUGUCAAGGCCACCUCCCACAGCUUCAGAUAAGUGGGCUCCAACGGGCCAUGACAGGUCGUUCUAUGACACAUUUAGAAAAUUGCUCGAGCAGAGUGAUGACUCUGAGGCCAAUCCGGUCGACCUACCCAAGAUGAACGACUUGACGAAGCGACUGGGGUUGCAGUUUGAGAGAGUUUUUGGACAUAUUGCGUUGACACAGCGCCGCGGAAUUCUCCACCGAUCGCCUUUGAAUCUCCAUCCUGAUUGUGACAAAGAUGUUAUCGAUGUUGUCAUGUGUAAUGAGGACACCGACAAGAAAGGGCUAUGUGUGAUCUAUAUAGCUACAAGGUCGAUCAAGAAGAAGCAUCUGCUCUGUUUCUACCGUGUCGAAUUGGACUCCGAAAAUGGGGUCAGUUCUACUCGAAGCACCUCUACCGGAGCUUUCGAUCUUCAAGAAGGAGAAAUCCGACAAGUACAGUUCGUUGAGGAUGAUACGGUCGUAGUCCUCUGGUCGAACAAUAAAGGAACACCCUAUCUUCUCAGUCUCCCUUUCCAACGUGCAUCGACCACCAAGACUGACGCGACCACCGAGUCCCUGACGCCUUUCGCCGUUGGCUACCAUAGCCUACAGGAGUCUACGUCACACGACUUCGUGACAGUUGCGACGGCCGUAGACAUCCUGUCUCCUGAUUCCGAAUUUACGGGCCUCGUCAAACAUACCUUCGUUGGCGCCAAGGGAAAAGGAAGGCCAAUAAAGGUCGAUGUCAACAGCAGACGCGGUCGCCGGGCGAUCUGCGUACUGCAUGGCGACGCUAUGCGGUACGAGGUGUUAGAUCUAGAUGCGGAGUUGGAGGAUGAGGAAGAAGAUGAGGUGGAGGAAGAAAGUAUCGUUGAACUGGAGGAAUAUUAA